AAUAUUAAGAACUGGACCAAGGCCUGUAGAAAUUUUCCAUAGAUAAUACACUACAAUCGUGAGUUUUUAUCCUUAAAGUCCUACAGAUCAGAGGUAUUUUAUGGCAUCGUUUCGACUUUAGACGUAUAUUUGAAUCAGAAUUGUUCACUCAACAAAAGUGCCCAGUGCAGCAAAGUCGUAACUCACACCGGCAAGGUAGUACGGGGCACUAAACCUGACUUUUCCACGAAAUUCGCAUUUUUUUUGUAUAUAUCUCGUAAAUGACAAGAGCUAUAUAAAAAAUGUUCAUUACAAACUUUAUUUGCUACAAAAUUACAAAAUUUUAUUUGCUAUAAAAAAGAUCCAAGGUUAAAAUCGCUAUCAUUAAUACUUCUCGAGAUAUUCGACUUUUUAAGUAAAGCUGUAUGGAAUUGACAUAGAUUUUUUAUUACAUAUCCUCUUUUACUUGGUCCAGUUCUUAACGUUAAUAUUAAGUGCUAAAAUUUUCAGGGAAUUAUUUUUAGGGUAUUUCCAAGGAAAUUUCGUGACGGGACUGAAAAAAAAUUAAUAGUUAAAAAAAACCCUAAUAUACAUACAUAUAUAGUAUAUAUUGUAUAAUGUAAAGCGCGUAUAUAUAUUCAUAUUAAAGGCGCUUUACAUCAUGAUGAACUUUUAUACCUCUUGCAUGUACUCGAUGAAAUACCGCUCUUAAAAAAGGUAGAUCCCGAAAAUGUAGUUAUUGAAAAUUUAAUACGCAUUUGGAAAGCGAAUAAGAUAAAAUGUCGCAAAACUCAAGUCAUACCAUGCGAAAGAAUCUGACAGGUUAAAUAAAGAAAAUACAACCGGGAUGAAAAGGCAAUGACUUCCCUCACUAUACUAUAGUUUGAAAUAUCAUGUAAAUAUUGUAUUUAUUUUUAGAGAUCCCAAUAAUGUAACUGAUGUGUAUCUGAAAGAUUUAAAACGGCCUCUUUAUACUGAGGAUAAAAAGUUUUCGUAGCGAUUGGGAAAGAUUUGGAAGUUGAGGGUGGAAUUUUUAAACAGCGAUUUCAAAUUGUGAACGAAUUAUUUCCGGUACCUUGGCUCGCCUUAGGUACACUAUCGGUAAUUAUGUACGUUAUGUAUUUACGUUGAAAUUGAAUAUAAAUAAAAUUAGAUUUUCUGAGCCAAUUCGGAGUGUAUAAUUCUGUACGUAUAUACGCAUGUUUAUUUGAAGAGAGAAACAUGAAAACUUGGUGUGAACAAAUCAAUAUUGAAACGGGAAAAUAGAGUUGCAAUGAAUUUUAUUAAAAUUUCUUGCUUAAUUUUCAUUUUGAUGCAUUUUUACAUUCUGGUUACCGGUAAAUGUAAGCAGACGGAACAAGUGAUGAAAAAGCACGAGAACAAAGGAAAACAAAUUCAUCGAACUAGUCAAGACAAUGAGACCACCAACCAUCUAGCUCAACAUAAACCAAUUGGCAAGAUUUUUUUGAUAAAUAAAUCUAAACCAAAGGAGGAAAAAGUGCUGGAUGAUAAAGCUAGUCAGAAUGCCAAGACGAAAGAAAUCAAUAAGGCGCAAAGCAAAAACGAGAUGGAAGCCAAUGACCUAAGCUUGCCAAUCAAAUUCUCUCACUCCAACAAGUUUAGAUUACCGUCACCCAGUCAAUCCGACCGGUCAAGUGAGGAAUCAGAGUUGGGUUACAAUGGUGAUUUGUACGAUGUAUUUAAAAAGCGGUUAAAUCAAGUUUUUCGAGAAUUGUACAACAAUGUUAACACCCCGGCAGUAACUCAGCCUCCACCGCAGGUCGAAAUUGAAAAUGACAACCCUAAGAAGAGGUCUGCAGUAAGUAAUUGUCUUUACGAGGAAUUCAAACGGCGUCUGGACAAAUUCAAUAAUGAAUUUAUGGAGCCAACCAAAGCAAUUAAGCGUACAAGUGGGGACGCGGUUUCCACCGAUCAUGACGAUGGCAGAUCACGUGCACCAGUUACAGAAAACUUAUAUGACGAAUACAAAAACCGUCUCGACAACCUCGGUGAUGAACUUCGGCUGGAUGGCGAAAAAGUCCUUAAGCGAGGUGAAUAUGGUUCUUCCGGUUUGCCAGCUGUUACAACGCCCAAACGAGAGACGACACAAAAAAAAAUUGAUUCUGACAAAGCUGUCGAACGGAGUUUUUAUGACGAAUAUAAGAAAAAGUUAGAUGAGCUGACUCGGGAGCUGUACAAGAAGAGCAAUGAGCGGAUCUGUCGCACAUAUGAAGAACUUAGUGAAUACGACCUUACGUCACCAACGUUGCAGAGAUUAGUGGCAGCGGUGGUGCAGUCGGAAGACGCGAAAGUAAUGCCUAGAAGUUUCGAAGGGUCAACUAUCCUAUUGAAGAUUGACAAAGCCAUUGACAAUAUGUACAAGGAGGAGAACAAACGCAGUCUGGGUGCUACCGAAUUAGGUGCGACGAUCUUCGGUGCUGACUCAUUAAACUUCAUGACAGGCACGACAAGUGGUGUUGGCACAGCAGCCGGUGCUUCUUAUCCAGCUGUGCUAACUAAAUCUGUAGACGCAAAUUUGGGACUUCUGAGUAAUACAGCACCCAAAAAUCUGCUGGCGACUGUCGCUUCAAAAAUGAACAUGACGACGCUAGAUUUGGCUAAAAAGUUGGCGGCCAUGUCUAAUCCAUUGGAUUACGUGGCGAAGAAGGACCCGCAAUUGGGGGAAGAAAUGCAAAAAUUCAUAGACUUGAGCGUUACUAAGUUAAACCAAAACCCGAUAGGGAAGAAAGCUCCACUAAAUGAGGUGUCUGUGGUCUCAGGCUUACCUCUAGUGGGACUCGACCAAUCCGGGGUGCCAGCACCAUUAAUGACUCAGGAUAAUCCAUUCGGUGGAAUCCCUGCACUUGCACCCAGUAUAGCUCUCGCUUCCGGCCCAGCCACCGCACCUUCAGCGUCUCCCUCUGCAAUUACACCUACAGUGGCACCCACGCAAGCUGAAGAUCAGUUACCCGUCAAGGCAAUUGCGAAAUCUUCAACUUCAUACCAAUCCAGUGACGUCGAGGCCGCCCGCAUAGCUGCUGUACUUGACAAGGUUCUAAGCAAACUGGAAUAUAUCCAAUCUUGUAAAGCACCACCCCCAGAACCAAUAGACGAUAGCUGCGAACCAGAUGGUAUGCCGUGUGAUGUUGUUGGCUCUUGGAACUCCUACCAAAUGGGAUUACGUUUCGAUAUUACUUUGACGCGUGCGGCAGACCGGCGAUUAGGCACAGCUGAGAAGAACAAUAAACUUUUAACCGUAGAUGUAGGCGAACGCAUCCCACCGCAUGCUCAUCAUAUCAUUGAAACUAGUUGGAAGUUUAUGGGCAGCGCAUUAAACCAACAAGGAGGCCCCUUCUAUCUUUAUUCGCAAAAUCGCGAACUGAAUACAGUGGCCACCUUCAUAGGUUAUUGUCGUGUAUGUGGCGGAAUUGAUACAAUUUUUGGGUCCUGGACAAUUAUGGGUCCCUCCAAAGACUGUGAAGAUAUUACAACAGCACUGGAGAAUAGGCGCGAUAUUUUUAGACGUUAUAAUAUGGAAAACAAACGAAAUCAGCAUUUCAAAGAUAUGCUUUUCGAAAAGAGCAAAUAUUCCAAAGCAGACUGUGAUAGCCCCAAAAGGGGAUGAGCAUCCUGUCCGUCCAUCUUUUAUUUCAUUCCCCUUUUUCCGUUCCAGUUAUUCAUUAACAAAUUAUGCAACUACAACGUUAUAUUCUGCAAGCAUUUUACAUUGCCAAUAGUUUCAAUUGCGAAUACAUAUGUAUGUAUAUCAAGACAUUUCGAAAAUAGAUAAAAGGGACACAAUUAUUCAUAGUCAAUUCUUUAUUUUUUAAUAGUUUUUCAUUUUAUAAUCAUAAAUUGUAAUAAUAUAUAUUUUACGUAUUAUUUAGUACAUUAUAUAGUAUAUUUAACUGAGUGUGUGUGUGUGUAUAUGUGUUUAUGGACAAUAUUCAAUGUUUGUAUGAAUUUAAAACAUAGCUAAAAACUAAAAUCAAACGGAAAUAAAUAAUCGAAUAGAAUUCAUUAUGGAUGUUUGUACUUGCUCACAUCCAUCCGAAUUCCACAACGUAAUCAUUUAAUCAUUAAAUUACUGCCCUUACCACAUAACAGUAUGCGAAACUGUGCAACCGUUCAAGUCCAAAAUCUAAAAUAACUAGAUUUUGGACUUGAACGGUUGCACAGUUUCGUUUGGUCGGUGUAACAAUUGUUUAUGACUGAAUUACAUUUUAAAUAGUAGAAAUUACAAACAAACAAACUAACUAAAUUAGAAACGACCAGUGUGUAUGUGUAAGUGUGGUUAUUUGCGCUUUCCUUUGGCUGAAUGAUCCACGGUUCAUGAUUUGCUCCACUUUUCUUUGUUUUU